AUGCACUUUGACGGGACCGUGACAACGAUGACGUUAGAGAGAAGACUACCCCUGGGCGAGUUCUCCAGCUCGAAAGUCAACAAGCUUGGCCGCUUCACGCAAUCGCAGCCAUUGAAAAGAACCCGACUGCCCUCGAUCAAGACUUUGAUCAAUUGCACGCCGGAACUUCCAGCAAUCACAGUGGCCAAGCCGCAGAGCGACUGCCGGGUGGCCAAGAAAGAGAAGCCACGCCGGGACCUGAGUAGCGUCUCCGAGAGACUGCGAGUGAGAUUACAGCUGGCCUACUUCAAGCUGAAGACCAACCAGACCAGCAUCAAGUUCAAGGAGCUCAAACGCCAGUUCGAACUCAACAGUGAGCCCCCAAGCCGCAAGAAAAGAAGAAAGCUGGUUGUCUCGCAGGGCAAUUACAAGACGCCGUUGAAGUCCAACACGGUCCACGACAUCGCGAAACCCACCACAGCGAAACCAGACAAUUUCCUGCAGUUCCACGACCGCAGCAAUAGCCCCGCGACCGCCCACACAACGCCGGUCAAUGACUCCAACGCAAUUGCACCGCUCCCCGAGAAGCAGAACACGCCGAUGAGCGUGAAGGCCGCGAAGUCCCUGCUCCACCUCUUCACCAGCAGCCAGCACUGA